AUGUUGGCCGUCGGGUGGCCAACCGUUCUUGGUCAGCAACGCGGUUGGUUUUCUGCUUCUUUUUUUUUUUUUGAAUUCUGUGUAAAAAUGCUAUUUUUUUGCCUUUUUGCGUUAGAAUUUAAGGUAGAAAAUGGUGUUUUUUGGCUCAUUUUUUUAUUCAAACUUUUGUGUUAAAAUGAUUCAUUUUUUUGCCGUAUUUUAUUGGGGAUUUGGGAACAUUUUAUUCAUUCAGUUGUUAUAUAUAAUUUGAGGAAGCUACAGCUUUUUUUGUGUAUUUUUUUAAAAUUCCACUGUUAAGAAUUUUCAAAGGCGCACAAUUCUUCCACGAACUUAAAUAAUUUUUGAAUCGGCUCGAAGGUUUCAUCGAUUUUUUUGAACAGAUUUUUAUAUUUUUUUAUCAAAAAAAUUGAUUUUUUUGGGUUUUUUUGUUUUCUUUUCGAAGGAGUAACAUUUGUUUCACUUAAUUUAAAAACAACAAAAAUCAUGAAAAAAACAUAUUUUUUUGACGGUUCUUGUCUUGAAAUCAACCGAAAUAAUCUAAAAUUUGAAAAAAAUGUCGCCAUUUUUUUGAAGUUUACUAGACGUUUUUUUCUUCAGCUAUAAGAACAGUUAGAUAUGUUUUUGGGAAUUUUUUUCUCAGAUUUUUGAGUUUUGAGAAAAAUAAUACGCUCUGUUAACGUAUCAUUUUUCUAAUUUUAAGGCUUUUUGUGUUUUUCUUCUGGAAGCCUCAUUAGAAAAUGAUCUCUGAAAAAGGUUUUCACUAAUUUUUCAUUUUUUUUUUUAAAUUUAUAUAAUAGAAAAAAAUAAUUCGAAUGCUAAAAAAAUGGUUUUUUUCUUCGUUUCCUUAGUUGGCUUUUUGUCAUUGAAUAAUUUUUCCUGAAAAAGGGAAAUUUUUUUCUAGACGGAUAUAAUUUUGGGUUCUCUUUAGGGAAGGUUUUUUUCGAAUUUUUCAAUUUUUUUGAGGAUUUAUACAUUUUUUUGAGUCCUUUUUCUUAACUGGGCAAGGUUUUUGGAUAACAUUCAUUUUUUUUUAGAUUUUUUGAAAUUCUUAGAAGAACAAGAAGAACGAAACUCGCAUUACCAUUUUUCGUUGUUUUUCUCAUUUCUUAUCCGUCUCUUGAAACGUACUGCAAGUUGGGGCGUAGGAUUUUACCGGGGAUUUCCCGAAAUUGGCCCCGUUUGCCUUGCAAUUUACAACUAGAGUAAGGAGGGAUGUGCUCGCCGAGCCCAUUGUGACGUCUUUUUGGCACCUUUUGUCCAGGUGACGUUAUUAUGGCUGUGUGUGGGGUGCACACAUGGAGAGAAACGUAAAUGCAUUGAGAAGGUCUUUGAGGCGCCGAAAUGGCAGUUUCUCGAAGAAUAACUGUUAAAAAGGAGUUCUAGUUGAUCGAAACCAUUUUUUAGGAGAGAAAUUUGUUUUUUUUUCGGGGUCUUAGGAACUCCAGAAUGGUAUAUGGGUAACCUUAGGGAUUCUUAAAGGUUCCCCUUUAGGGACCAAUGAAGCUUGCAAAAGUGGACUUUUGCAAGCUUCAGUGGUCCCUGGAGGGGUUUCAGUUAGUAGCCCAUUUAGGGGCUGGUCGAUGAUUUUAUGAGCCAUAUGCGUAGAAGCCAUUCCAUGAAAAAAACUGAAAAAUAAGCGUUUUUUGAAUGAAAUCGAGAGACCCCUAUAGGGUCCACUUGAGCUUUAGGGGCUGUUGGGUCCGACCCUAAACCCCUAUAGGGACCACUCUUAGAUUCUUAAGAUGAUCGAGAUAUUUUUGAAGAGAAUUUUCUUAGAUCUUAAUUUUUUGGUCUUGCUUUCAUCCAAGAAGACAAAAUUUCAAUUAGAAGAAAGAAAAAGAAGAAAAAAAACGGCUCGUCUUACGGAUUUCCCACGGGUUGAGUGUUUCGCGCCGGCCAUAUAUGGGGUCAACAACCGUCCGACGCGACGCCACACACACAUUUUGGCUGGACGGAGAUGAUUCACAGGGUUGAGCAUUGUGUCCGACUGCCGCCUUCAACUUGCGCCUCUUUUGAGGGGUUGAGCACCGGGCAAAAACGGGCGCUCAAGGGGUUCUUUUUGUAUCCCGAAUGCUCAAAAAAGCAGUGAAACGAUUCAUUAGAGGGUGAUAAAAGGGCUCAAAAAGGUGCUGAAAACUCCCUUUUGUGUUCUUCAUGAAGCUUCUUCGUUAGGGUUCUUCGCUAGGAUUUUUUGAGGCUCAAGGAGGGUAAAAUAGAGAGAAAAAUGAGUUGUUAAAGGGUGAUAAUAGGGCCCAAAAAGGUGCUAAAAACUCCCUUAUUCGUCCUUUAUAAGGCUUAUCCGCUAGGAUUCUUUAAUGCUCAAGGAGAGGUGAAAAAAGGGAUAAAAUUGGGUCGUUAGAGGGUGGUAAACGGGCGCAAAAAAGACAACAUAACUAAACCAUAGAAGUUGAAAAAAAACUUCUGAAUUUUUCAAAGACUUCAACGAUUUUUAAGGUAACUCAUAAUAAUAAGGUGAUCAUUUGGAAAAUACCUUGCGAUUAUCUUUUUUGGAACUUUAUUGAUUUUUUGAGGAGAAAGAGCGCCAAUUUCAUUCUCUUGAUUUGGUAAUUUAUUAUCCAACGUAAUGUCGUGGGAAAAGAUAGGAAAGGGCGAUUUAAGGGUAAUUUAGUGAUUUAUAUGGGAUUUUUGGUGGUUCUUAAAAGGUUCAAGCGAUUGCUUUUUUUGAAAAAUAGUUUUCGAGAAGUAUUCUGAAUAUAAGGAAUAUUUUUGCAGUACCAUCGGCGCCGCAAAACUUCCACGUCGAGUUGACCAGCGCCACUUCGGUCAAAAUCACCUGGGACCCGCCGAAAUUCCUCAAUGGCGAAGUUUUGGGCUACCAAAUGCGAAAAACCGUCGUGGAUAGUCCCGGCAAGGAGCGGAUCUACAAUCAGAAAGACCUUCAGGUUUGAUUUUUUUCAUUUUUAAGGGGGAUACAAAAAAGUGACGAUACAUGAAGGAACUUUCCUUUUUGCGAAAAAGGAUUCUCUUUAGGGACCACUUUACCAACUCUUAUAGGGGCCACUAAAGCUUGCAAAAGUGGUCCGUACAAGGGUUAUAGUUAGUGGUCCCUAUAGUGGGCAUUCUAAAACAAAAAAUGAAGUUGAAAGACCCCUAUAAGGACCACUUAAGCUUUAGGGACUAAGGGAUCUGACUCUAAACUCGUAAAGGGAUCACCUUGAUUCUACCCUAUUGAGACCACUUUUUCAGCCCCUAUAGGAGCUAUUUUUCUUUCUUACCCCUAUAGGGAGUGCUUUAGCUUUAGGGGCUGAGGAAUCAGAUUCUAAACCCCUAUAGGGAACACUUUUUCGGUCCCUAUAGAGGCUGCUUUUCCCUCUUACCUCUAUAGGGAGUACUUGAGCUUAAGGUGCUUAGGGGUCAGAUCCUCAACCCCUAUAGAAGCACUUUGAUUUAACCCCUACAGGGACCACUUUUUUCGGACCCUGUAAGGGCUGUUUUUCCCUCAUUCCCAUAUAGGUAGUACUUGAGCUUCCGGGACUAAGGGGUCAGAAUCUGAAACCCUACAGGGACCAUCUAAAUUUUAACCCUAUUGGGACCACUUUUUUGUUCCCUAUUUUUGUUCCCUAUAUAGGGGCUAGUUUUCCCUUUUACACCUAUAGUGACCACUUAAGCUUUAUUGGCUAACGGGUCAGAAAAUAAUUUCUAUAGGGAUUCACUUGAUUUUAACCCUAUAGGGGCCACUUUUGACCCCUAUAUAGGGGCUGUUUUUUCUCUGACUCCUCUAAAGACCACUAUGAAAUUCCUAAUUCAGUUUGUUAAAUUCUGAGAAAUUUUUUUGUCCAUUUAUUGCUUAUUUUUGAGAAAAAGCUAAAAAUGGCUCAUUCAAACUUGUGUUGAAUAUAUGAGAUAAUCAUCAAUUGUUUUUUUUCGCUUUUUAAAAGCGCCAAAAAUCUGAUUCUUUUUGAGUUUUAUUUGUUUGGCUCGCAAAAAUUCUAUUAUUUCCAUUUCCACCGACGAUUUUCUCAUCCGCCACCUCUGAUAGUUACUCGCUUGGCCCCAUUUUCUUGGUUUGCUUUGAAGCGAAACUCAUUUGCAUUCCAUUAUUAUGAGCUCCCUCGGGGCGUUCGAGCUAAGUAGCGGGUUCGAAGCUGUCAAUUUUGUCGCGAAUCUCCCGACAAAAUGCGAAUUUAUUCCUCAAGUUUUGCCUUUUCCUUCGAAAACUUUUGCCCUUUUUGAAAAAUUGUCCCCUUUUUUCAUUUCUUGCAACUGAAGUUUUGAAAUUUUGCAACUGAGAAUCUCAAACUUCACUUUGAUAGGCUCGAAAAAUCAGUUUUUGUUAGAACUCCUUUAUCAUUUGAUCUCGGAACUCGGUAACGAAAGCUCCAGAAGUUCUUAAGAAUUUUAGAGUGGUCCCUAUAGGGGUAAGGGGUAAAAACAGACCCUAUAGGGGUGAAAUCAAGGCUGUCAAAUCUUAGCCCCUAAAGCUUAAGUAGUCCCCAUAGUAGUCGUUCAAUUUUAUUCAAAAAAGGUUAUUUUCAUAGUUUUUCGCAUGGAAAUGCUUAUUCGUAUAGAGUUCAUAACCAUUAUCGACUAGCAUGUCCCUAUAGGGACCAGUUUUGCGACUUUAGUAGCCUUUAUAGGGGUUGAUGAAAUUAUCCCUUAUAUUGCUCCUAUAGGGACCACUCUGAAGUUCCUAAAUUUGUGAGCAGUUCUAAGCACACGAGGGGGGGAGGGGUCCGGUUUGCGUUACUGAGGUUCGAAAGUUCGAUUUCAACAAAAUUCGGCUAAAAUGUUUCAUUUUUUAAAGCCCAAGUGGUCCCUAGAGGGGACUUCCCAAGGGCCCCUAAGGUUGCCCCUAUCACUCUGGAGUUCCUUAUUAAUGAUUCUCCAAGCCUUGAGAAAGACGAAAUUCCUUGCAGAAACGAUACUUUAUCAUCGACAACUUGGACCCCAACACCAAGUACUCGUUCAACAUGAACGCCUUCAACCGUUACGGCGACGGCGAGUACACUGAGCGCAAAUUCGUCACCACUCAGGGCAUUCGUCAGUUUUUAUCAUCUUCACACUUAUUUCUAAAAGCUUUUACUGCGCUUAAAAAAAAGAAUAGGUUUAAACUUUACGGUGAAUCAUCAAUAAUGGAAGGAAGGUCUUAAAAGGUUCAGCAAUACCCGAAAAAGGCCAAAAAUAUAUUUUAUAGUGGCUCAAAUUGUUGGUUGAUAGGCUAGUUUUGACGUUUAGAAAAUCGAAAAUUCAUUACUUUCAAAAUAAAGUGGAACCUCCUUCAUUGCAAUUUUAGAAGUAUGAAAAAAAUAAUGUGUGUAUUUUGAACCCUAUGCGUAUAGUUUGCUAGAUAAAAAUUGAAAAAGAGAAAAAAAAAUACGAAAUACAGUGUGAUUUGAGUGUUUUAUAGCUUUUCCCAGCCCAAAAAGAGCCACGAAAUUUCAGCGCCUGAAGCGCCAGAAAUCGUGUCGGUCUCGUUGGAGCGCGACGAGCCGCCGAUUGUGGCGCGAAUCGAGUGGAAAUUGCGACGGACGCGUCCCAACGAAGGGCCCAUCGAACGGUACAAAUUGUGGCUCAAGCCGAGGAAUUCGACGGAAACCUACACCCUGAUGAAGGUGGUCGCCGGCACGGAAAUGUCCACCGACGUCUCCGGUCUUUGUGAGUUUUCCGAACAAUUUCUGGGGGAAACUUUAGUGGACACUUGAGGGGUUACUCAAGAGGUCAAAAGGGCUCUACUUGAAAGACUACUCAAGGGCUCAAAACUUUAGUGAUUACUUGAGAGCCUUUUCAAGGGUUAAGAACUAUAGUGGCUACUUGAGAAGUUGCAUAAAGGCUCAAAACUAUUGUGGCCACCUAAGUGUUCACUCAAGGGCUCAAAGCUUUAGUGGUUACUUGAGAGCCUACUAAAAGGCCAAAACUUUAGUGGUUACUUAAGAGGUUACUCAUGAGAUCGAUACUUUGGUGGUCACUUGAGAGAUUACUCAAAAGCUCAAAGCUAUAGUGACUACUUGAGAGGUGACUCAAGGGCUCACAACUUUUCUAAAUGUGAAAACUCUUUAGUGGCCACUAAAAACUCAAACAGAGCCUUGAAAGUUGUAAUACUAUACUAUUUUUUUAGGGUCUUUAAAUGGAAUUUUCUUGUUUUGUAGCGAAAUUCUUAGAAAAUGGCAACUCCAAUUGUAGGAUUAUAGCCAUUUUUUCCACUUUGCCGCAAUAUUUCCUUCCUUUUUUUUUGCCCAAACGCCAUUCCUAAGGUUUAUAAACUUUAAAUUGAGCAAUCAAAUGCGAUUUUUUGACUUUGGUUUAAAGUAACAGAGCUUCUAUUAAUUUAUUACAGGUUUAACUGUUAUUUUUUCACCUUGUCACUCUCCUUUUACAUUCAAUUUUUCAUGAGAAUUGAUAUUCGAAAAUGUGAAUUACUUGAAAAUUUCCAGGGAUGGGAGUAGUCUACGACGUUUUCCUGGGCGCCGAAAAUAAGGAGGGACUCAGCGCCAAUGCGACGGAGACGUUGGCAACACCCAUCGGAAGUCCCGACGGGGAGCCGCUCGACGUCCAGUACGAGAUCCUCAAGGGGAAGGUAAGGAUCCGAUUAGAUCAGUGAUAAAGUAAAAUAUUUUGCUUUUCAAAAAAAUGAGUGAAAAAAGGUGUGAGAUGAUCUUUGACGAAAGGUUGAAUUUGAACAGAAAUCGAGUCGAAACUGAGAAAAAGUGAUAUUUUGAAGAGCAGUUAGCUAUCCAGUUAGAUAGGGUACCUUCAAAGGGAGAAGAAAGUUUAUUAAAUUUUUAUGAUUCAAGUUUCAGAAGGCCUUAGUUUUUGUUAGGGUUUCAUCAUGUUAAAAAAACAUUUUUUUCAAAUUUCAUUCAAGAAGCCAACGAAAAACGUUCGUUGCUAUAAAAUAUCCGAGAAGGUUUUUGAAAAAAAUCUUGGAGAUGUUCUAUUAGAAUAUGUUUUUUUCACUGAUUUUUUUGAAAUCGAGUCCAUUUUUCAAUUUUGUAAAGUUAGCUAGAGAAAGUUACAUUUUUUUGCUGAUUUUUCACUUAUUUUACUAUGAGGCUCUCAAAUUUGAUAUAAUAAUUUUUAAAAAAAGUUUUUUUCUUUUUAUUUCUAGGAAAUCAACUGUAAGGGUUCCGAAACCGUACAACUAUCCAGAGAAAACUAAAUUUUCCGCUCAUUUUCACUGAGUUUGACUAUGAGGCUCCUAAAUUUGGGUAAGUAUAAAGACGGUUUUUUUCUAUGGAUAUUGACUAUAAGGAUCACGAAAUUGUAAGAAAAAUUCCGAGAAAAUUGAUUUUUUUUCGCCCAAUUUAACUGAUUUUAACAAAAAGUCCAAGCUGGACCGUUGAGUGGACACCCGAAGAAAAGUUGUCGUAGGUGAAAAGUGUGCAUUUUUAUUCGUUUAUUACGUUACAACGACGUGUCGGAUAGAAGAUAUCCAAGUCAUAUCGUAGUAGUUCUGGCACAUGUGUGGAGCCGCCCAUUUUUUUCAACUUUUCCUCGAAAUUUUCCGCUCUUCCUUUGCACGUUUCGGCUUUCCACAAACACGUGUUCGAGGCAUGUUCUGAGAAUUAGUCUCACUAUUUUCUGUCCUAUAUGCGGCCACACAGGAAUAGGACGAAAAAGGUUGCCUUUUUUUGGGUUGAAAUUAGGUUUUUUGAGGUUUUUUUCUGUUGGAAUAUUGGGCCGAGAAUGUCCCAUUUCGAUUCAUUUUUUUCCAAACUUAAAAUUUUUUUACUGACAAUAAUUUAAUCUUUUGAUGAGUUUUUAGAACUUGAAUCAAAUGUAAUAGAGAAUUUUUAAGAUUUUUCCUUUUUCAAAAAAAUUGAACAAAAAUGAAGAAUUUCGAAGUGUUUUUCUUUCUAUUUUUUUACAUGGUUUUUCCCGGACCUUGAGUGAUUUUUUUGAUCAACAUGUUGAACUAAAAAAACGGAAAAAAAUCGUUCUGCCUGGCUUUUUAUUUCAAAAUGUUCAAUUCAGUUUGAGUUUUUUUCAUUUUUUUAUUUAAUAUUUUUUUGACUUUCUCCGUCUAAAAUUCUACCAAAACUAUAGAAAUAAAGCGUUAUAAUUCAUUCAUCGAAUUUUCGUAGUUUUUUUCAAUCACUUUUCCAAUGAAUAUUCUAUUGCAAGUGUGAUUCUAGCUUCAAAAAGUAGUCAUUAUGAACUUGAACGAGAAUUUUUUUCUUUGAAUAUCAACUUAAAAAAAUUGUAAAAAAAUUCCAGAAUUUUUUUCUUCCGCUUUUUUUCCCUUUUUUUGUUGAUUUUUCGGCUCAAGUUAUUCUCAAAACAAAUAAAUUAUGCGUCUAGGGAAUUGCGAAAAGUCGAAAAAAUAAAGAAAUUUUUCCUCUUUCAAGCUUUUUUUUUCAGAUUAUCGUCUCUUGGCGACCUCCAGCUGAGGAGAAACGCAACGGGAAUAUCAGUUUCUACAAAGCCGUCCUGACUUCGAUGGAUUCCAGCGGCGAUCGACUCGAAAAAACGGUGGGUUUUGAGGGGAAAGGAAGCAGAAAAGAAAGGAAAAUCGAGGAAGUUUGGCUGAAAAAAAAACUAUUUUUGAAGAUUGUUUCGUGCUUCAAUAGUGGUUAUAAAAAAAGAAAAAAAUUGGAGUUUUUUUAUAAAAUUCAGCUUUUUUUCCUGUCAUUUUUGACUCCAAGAUAAAAAAAGUUCUAAAGGUUCAAAAAAAGGCAGGAGAAAAUAGCCCUUUUUGAGCAUUUCUUCGUGCUCCAAUGGUAGUUUUACAGAAGAAAAAUCGGAGUUUUUUAUUUAAUUAAGCUUUUUCCAGUCAUUUUUAACUUGAAAAGAAGUUUUUUAAAAAAAACCUCAAAAAAAGCUAGAAUUAUUGAAGCAAGAGUGAAAUGUGGAUGAAAAAGUGAAAAAAAUAGCCGGCUUUGUGACAGCUUUGUGCGCUCUAAUGCUAUUUUUUUAUGAAAAAUCAAAAAAAUGAGUGGUCCAAUUUAAACUUGAAUAAAAAUCGCGAGACAUUUUUGAGGUCCAAGUACAUUGAAAAAUACAUUGAAAAGAAAAAAUCAGUUUUUUUUAUCCAAGGGAAAGUUAUUUCUUUAAAAAACCGCGAUCAGCGAAGCCAAUCGAAUCAAAAUUGAGAAAAAAUAUAAAUAGCCGCUAAAAAGCAGGUUUCUGUGCUCCAAUGAUAACUCCACACAAGACCUUCUUGAACGGAAAAUUUCCAAACUUGACUGAGUAUGGACAGCUGUGAUAUUAGGACUUGUGCGCUCCACGGUCAGCUCCUCAGGAAAAAAACUUCUCAUAUCAAAUAAGCCGAAAAAUAACGAUUUUCCCCUUGUGGCAUGCCAAAUUAGCAUCGUUUCUUCUCCUGAAAUGAGCCCUCAGAUAUUCCUACGAGAUGUUCUCAUUUUCCCGGCUUUCCUCUUUAAGAUUGCUUAGCUGUGAGAUUGAUUUUUUCUGUUGGAAUUUUGAAAAAUUGUAGUGGUUGUUAAUUUUUGAUAGGGCUGAAUCCAGAAAAUAGGCAUUUCAUCGGAAUUUCGAUUUUUUCCAUGAAAACCUUGAUUUUAAAACGUUUUUUUUAGGGAAAAUAGUUUUUCAUUUGGAUUUUCUUUAGUAGGAUCCUAAAGGAAUCGAUUUUUGGGAGAAACUCCUGAAUUUUUUAAUCUGACCCAAAAUCAGAAUUCAGAAAAAUCGGACAUUUUUAUAGAUUCGGUGAGAUUUGAACGUAUUUUUGAAGUUACUGGGAAAAUUUUUAGUGGCCACUAUAGGGUUUUGACGUUUUAGUGGUCACUAUAGAGGUCUAAGUGCUACUACUAGACCACUAAAAGUUUUAGUGGCCACUUUAGGGGUCAAUGGAUCAGCAUAACUGGUCCAAUCUGUUUGUUUUAAAAUUAUAAGAGUUACUGGAAGGAAUACUGGAUGAAAAACUACUAAAGUGGCCCCUAAAACGGAAAAUAGUGACUACUAUAGAGGUGGGUUUAGUGGCCACUUUAGUGUCCUCUCCAAGUAGUCCUUGGCCAGCCUCUAUAGUGGCCACUAAAGAAACAAAAAUUUUAUUACAGCUUUCAGCCUUUCUUAAUGAGAUACAUUUAUUAGAUAAAUUUUUUAAUAAUUCAAUUUUUUUUUGGGGAAAAAAGCUGAAGCUUCAUUUGCUAAAAUAGUUCUUAUCUUUCUUUUUUUUUAAAUCAAAAAGCUUUGGUUCAUUCUCAAUAGCAUUACUUCGUCCUCAUCUCAUUCACUUCUCGAUUUUUCCACUGAAAAACCAAGGAAAAGCUCAUUGGAGCACUUUUGGUUUGGCGGAAAAUGGCCGCGCAUUUCCUGGGUCCGGAUAUCAGAGGGGAUGUUUUUUUUUUCUCUCGACGUUUUGUUGUCGUCUCCUCUCUUGUCCAUGGGAUUUCGCUUUUUCUUUGGAUGUCCCACGAGCAUUUUUUUCGGCUCCUUUCAUAGAUUUAUUUUUGAGCGUAUUGGAUGGUUUUCACAGAUUUUAGUAGAAAAUAACUGAUUCUAAAAGUUUAGGUGGUUUUUUUGAAUUUUGUCGGUUUUUAAAAAACAUUUUUAUUUCUUCAAGCAGUGCGUUUUAAGGUUAACUUUUAGACUAAACCCUCAAAGUUUAUUUAUGCGCUCUCUUGGCCUUUUAGCGUUAGAGCGAACUUGCUUUUUUCGCAAAUUUUUUUUUUCCUGUAGAUACGUUUAUUCCCUCCUAACGGUUUUUUGAUUCUCUGGCUAAUUUUUUGAUAUUAAAAAAAAGGUCGAUGUUUUUUUUUUCGGAAAGCCUCAAAUAGCAAUUGUCAAAGUAAAGUCUGAAAUUCAAAAAAAAAAGCUCCUAAAUAAUCCUUCUGGUGAACUGAAAACAAAAAAAAAACUAAGUAACCCCGGAAAAGUUUGAGCAAAGUUUGGAGACCCCAUAGCCGAAGCGAAACGUCAAAGUAAUUCAAGUUGAGCGAAACUUUUGGGCCUUGAAGAAGACGAGGAAGGUGUUCGGAAGGAAUGUGUGGUGGUUCGUGCAUAAUGGCGUCUGACUCGGACCAUCAGCAGGGAACUCAAAGAGGCAGCCUAAUUGGUCGCCCAAAAUUACUCCCCUUCUUGUUGGAGUUGUGUGUGUGUGUGUGUGGCUUCUGCUGCAGAAUCAGCCGUCUUUUCGCGUUUUUCUUUGUCCUUUUCGUGUAGGAAUCGCUUAGGAUCAUUGCUUUUUUUUCAAUCUCGAACCUUGAAGAAAAUCCUUACAAGGAAGGCCAUUUUACUUCCCUGAAAAUUGGCCAGAGUACUCUUUGAUGUACCAGGUAGAUAUCCUGGCGAUUUUUGCAGGUAUAGAGACUCAGGAUCUUCCUCUAGCACAUCAAAGAGUGUUCUGGCUAAUUUUUCAGGCAACCGCAUGGUGAAAUGACCUUCCUUGUCAGAAAUAGCUUGUUUUUCUCAACUUCAGCCUUGAGAAAUCACAAAAAACGGCUGAUUUUUCACAGAAUAGGCCUGAAAUUUUUUUUUCUCCGUCCAGAAUUAUUGCUUUUGUACACCUAAAACCUUGAAAAUUGCCCCAGAAAUGGCUGAUUUUCCUAAAAUUCAGCCUUGGAAAAAUCACAAAAACAGCUGAUUUUUCACAGAAUAGGCCAAAAACUUUCCCUUCAGAGUUUCUUUGUCUUUUUUCGUGUAGGAAUCGCUCAAUAUUGAUGCUUUUUUAAAAUCUCAAAUCUCGAAAAGGGGUCUCAGAAUCAGAGUUUUUUCACAGAUCUGCUCGAAGCUUUUUGCAAAAACCUUUUUUAGUUUUUUUUUUUUCGGACAGGAAUGGGUCAGAAUUGUCGUAUUUUUAACCUCACACCUUGAAAAAAAAUUCCCCAAAAAUUCCUGAUUUUUUUAUGACAGGAAACUUCAACAAAAAAGCUCUUCUAGAGCCGAAAUUGGUUUUUAUUUUCAGUUCUUCAAUAUUCGAAACGUAAAACAUUGUUUGUUUUUUUUUUCAACUUUAAUGACCUCGAAAAUCAUUAAAUAUCAUGAAAAGGCUAUUAUGUGAGUCUGAAUUUGAGGCUCACUUUACGACUUCUCCUUUUUUCCACAGCCAAAUUUUUCGACGACCUCGAGAACCAUCAAACAGCUCAAUAAAAUGUCGGGUUUUUCAGGUGACACCACCAGCCAAAUCGGCCGUCUUCGAGGUGAACGUCCGACGGGCUUACACGUUCAAAGUGGCGGCGUCGACGAUGAAAGGCCUCGGUCCGUUCUCGCCCGUCCUCACCAUCAAUCCCGACCCUGCCGGUUAG